CUCCCCAAUCCCAGGCUGCACCGCGCUCGCAGAGGCGCUCCAGCCCCUUGGAAUCCUGGAACAUGUAGUCAGCCUCUCGUGUACAGUUAACCGCCUUUCCCCAACCUGGUGCCCGCCCCGCAGCUUUGUUGGACUGCAACUCCCAGCCAAGGGGAUGAAGGCCAUUGCAGAAAAUAUUGCCGAUCAACCUUCCCUGAAAACAGAAAGCCAGUAAAGCAGGAAGAAGGCCAGGAUGGCAACUUGCUCCCUGAUGAUUUCCAGCUCUAAUCUUUGUUUACAUGAGAGAAUCUUCAGAUACGGUAUCCCUGAUCUUCCGUUUGAAGUGCUCCUGUGGAAGAGCUGUAGGUACUCCCUUGUCCCGCUUGGGGAGGGUCCCUGUGCCCGAGUGGGCCAGAACACCUUGUAUCUGCCUCCCCAAGAUGCAAGCAGCCAAAAGGGGAACGUUCUCAUUGUGGGGGGAGCAAACCCAAGUGGCAGCUUCUCUGACUCAUAUUUCAUCGAUCUGGACACGCAUGGAUGGACGGCGCCCACCUGGAGCGGCCUCUCGCCACGCUACGAACACGCCACCUUCAUUCCAGAGAGCCAGCCCACAACCCUCUGGGUCUACGGCGGGGCCAGCGAAACAGGCAACAGGAACUGUGUGCAAGUUUUGGACCUCCGGACGGGAACUUGGGAGAGCCCAGAAGUGACUGGCACGCCACCCUCUCCUCGCACAUUUCACACGUCCUCGGCGGCGAUUGGUGACCGAUUGUAUGUGUUUGGGGGAGGCGAGAAAGGGGUGGAUCCGGUCCUGGAUCAGAAACUUCACGUGUUUGACUCCGCUACGCUGUCCUGGUCACAGCCGCAAGUCCGUGGCCGCCCUCCUGCUGCUCGGCACGGCCAUGUCAUGGUGGCGGUCCAGAACCGGCUCUUCCUGCACGGAGGCCUGGCAGGCAGUACGCUUUACGACGAUCUCUUCUCCAUCGACACCACCGACAUGGAAUGGGUGGCGAUGGCGGCCACGGGAUCCGUCCCACAAGGGCGGGCCGCCCACUCGGCAGCUGCUUUCCGGGACCAUCUGUACAUCUUUGGCGGAAUGGACCCGACAGGCGCUCUGGACACAAUGUACAAGUACCACAUAGAAAAAAACCACUGGACACGGGUCGAGUUCAAGUCGCCUUCACCCCCAGGACGGCUGGACCAUUCCAUGUGUGUGAUUCCAUGGAAAGUAUCUGCUGGCAGCGCCACCGCCGGAGGGGCCCAGGGCCAGAAGGAAGCCACAGGCAGCUCCAGCGGAGGCUGCCCAGAGGAAGGCCUGCUGCACCUGUGCUUAAUUUUUGGUGGAAUGAGUAUGAAAGGGGAGAUUUACAGAGAUGUUGCUGUGAGCCUUCUUGUGUAAUAAAGAAUUCAUUUAAGCGUU